AGCCUGCCGCUACCUUGGCUACCAGGCUCCUCCGGAGCCUACGCCUGUAGUCGAACUACGGAGGCCGGGUUGCCAGGUUACGGGAAAAUAUUGAAGAAGCUUGUGGAGUAAUAUGAGUCAGAGUAAUCUAGGAUCUGCAGGAAGUCCCUCAAAGUAGUUGGAAAAGAAGUAUUUAUAGACUCUUCAAGAUUUUCACUUACACGGGUGUUAAAUGCAAGGCCACUGUGGUGAGACCAUGAAUAAGAACACAUCUGCUGUGGUACCAUCCGGUCUACUUGAAAAGGAUCCUGCCUUUCAGAUGAUUACAGUUACCAAGGAAACAGGCCUUGGUCUGAAGAUCCUAGGAGGAAUUAACCGGAAUGAAGGUCCAUUUGUAUAUAUUCAAGAAAUUAUUCCUGGUGGAGACUGUUAUAAGGAUGGACGGUUGAAGCCAGGAGAUCAACUUGUCUCAAUAAACAAGGAAUCUAUGAUUGGCGUAUCAUAUGAAGAAGCAAAAAGCAUAAUUACCAGAGCCAAGUUGAGGUCAGAAUCUGCUUGGGAGAUAGCGUUCAUAAGACAGAAAUCCGACGGCAGCCAUCCGGACGAGCCAUCCCAUACAUCCCUUUUACAAACUUCGGGAGAAUGCGGACUGCAAGCCUCAACAUGGAGUCUUCUUUCUUCUCCCCCAGAAAUACUAAUUCCAAAGACCUCAUCCACUCCCAAAACAACAGAUGCUAUUUUACCUUCUUUUAAGUUAAAAACUGGAUACAAGAAAACAGAACAGACUCCAAUUACUUCUUUGGGCCACAGCUCUACGGAUAUGCCUAAUACAGAUGCUGCUCCUGCCUGGACUGAUAAUUAUGGACCACAAGGAAAGAAGAUUUCCCUCAAUCCCUCCAUUCGCCUUAAGGCAGAGAAACUGGAAAUGGCUCUAAAUUAUCUUGGUAUUCAGCCCACAAAGGAACAACACCAAGCCCUGAGACAGCAGGUGCAAGCAGACCCAGUGGGGACAGUGUCUUUCGGAGAUUUUGUCCAGGUUGCCAGAAAGUUGUUUUGCCUGCAGUUGGAUGAAGUCAGUGUUGGUACACCUGACAUUUCCAAAGUAUUAGACUCACAGCGUAUCGCCUGUGAUUCCUUAGAAGUGGAUGAAGUGGAAAGGCUGAAGCGUGAAAGGAACAAUGCCUUGGAAGAAGUGAAUAUGCUUAAGGAAAAAUUAUUUGAAGCAGAAAGGCAAAGGAAACAAUUGACAGAGGAACUCCAGAAUGUGAAACAAGAAGCCAAAGCUGUCAUCGAAGAAACCAGAGCCCUGCGAAGUCGGAUUCAUCUUGCCGAAGCCGCACAGAGACAGGCGCAUGGAAUGGAAAUGGACUACGAAGAAGUGAUCCGUCUGCUGGAGGCCGAGAUCACAGAGCUGAAGGCUCAGCUUGCUGAUUAUUCUGACCAAAAUAAAGAAAGUGUUCAGGAGUUAAGAAAGAGAAUCACAGUCCUUGACUGCCAAUUGCGAAAAUCGGAAACGGCUCGGAAAACUUUGGAGGCAUCCACUGAAAAGCUUCUUCAUUUUGUAGAGGCUGUUCAAGAAGUAUUUUCUGAUAAUUCUGCUCAUUUAUCAACUUUAAGUGAAAGAAGAGCUUUGUUAGCCUCCCAGGCUUCGCUUACGCCGCUGGGACGGAACGGCCGCAACGUCGCCGCCACGCUGGCACUUGAAUCCAGGGAGCUCGUUAAAUCUGUCCGUGCCGUACUUGAGAUGGACUGCCUACCUUACGGGUGGGAGGAAGCUUACACGGCAGAUGGCAUCAAGUACUUCAUCAAUCACGUAACACAGACCACCUCCUGGAUCCAUCCCGUGAUGAGCGCAUUGAACCUGUCUUGCUCAGAGGAGAAUGAAGAGGAUUGCUCCCGAGAACUUCCUGACCAGAAGAGCUAACGGUUUUCUGUAGGAAGCUGAGCUCCGUGGCCUUCCAGCACCUCGGUCUACAUGGAUGAC